UCCCCACCCAUUCGGCCAUUCCCCCGCAACUAAUCCUUCCGAUCCAGAUCUGGGAUUUGCGUCAAAUUUUGCAGCGUCGGUGGUGACGACUAACUGUGACUUCAAUUUUACUCUAAAAUAAAUGGAAAUGGCGCUGAAAUUGCUCUGAGUCCGAUCUCAACAGUGUCUCUCUCGUCCCAAUCCGCGUGAGAAAGCAAAUAUAAAAAUAUCCCUCUCCCCCUCCUCUCUUUCCCCAUCUCGUUAUCAUUCAUGGUCUCCCACCACCACUAAUCCUCCACUGUUCAUCCCACUUGCUGCUCCUAGUUUCACUCUCAUUCUUAGCUGGUCGAUUUCCUUUCGGCCAUUAUUACUAUAUAAAAAAGCUCGCUACUUUGCCAUCUGGGUACCCCGUUCCUUUCCCCCCUGGCCUGCUUCAUUUGCUAUUUCAGGCGGCAACUGACAGCAGCAGCGAAAAGGGCUACUGGGUUUACUUGGGUUUCUUCCGAUUUCUCCUCGCUCCUUUUAGUCAGAUCCAAGUCCUCCAGAUGUCGUGUUAGUUGACACAAAGGGGUGUUUAAAGCCACUGUAAACUUCUUUACUUGAGGAGGAAAUGGCAAUGGGGAAGUACUCACGGGUCGAUGGCAGGAAGUCAUCGAACUAUUGUUCAACGAUCAGUAUGGUUGCUUUUGUUGCAUUGUGUCUAGUUGGAGUUUGGAUGUUCAUGUCAUCAUCUGUCGUCCCUGGACAGAGUUCAGUUGUGCCGGCAUCCCAAGAGUCUGCCACCAGUCAGGGCAAACAAAGUACUGUUGAGAACACCAAGGGAUUUGAAGAUAGUUCUGGUGAUAUGCCAGAAGGUUCAAGUAAAGAAGGCGAGAGCACUGAAAAUACUAAUACUGGCAACCAAUCGGAUCUCCAGGAUGAUGACAAGGUGACCGAAACUCAGACGGAGACUGAUUCUAACCCAGCGGGUGAAGAAAAUCAAGUUGAGAAGUCUCAAGAGGAUGGUGAUGGGAAAAAAGAGGAUGAAAAUUCAGGAGAGGCAGGAUCAAAUACAGAUUCUGAGGAGAAAGAAAAUGCAAGUGGGGAAAAGAGUGAGUCUGAUGAAGGGGAGAAGACCACCACAGAUUCGAGUGAAAAUAAGAAUGAUAGUGAGACAGAGGGUGGUUCAGGUGAAAAAUCAGAGUUAGAUGAGGGGGAGAAGUCCACAGAGGAAGGUGAGAAUAAGGACGUUAGUGAGACAGAGGGAAAUUCUAGUGAGAGUAACGAGGGAAGUCAGGGUAAAGAUAAGGCAGUUGAGGUUUUCCCUGCGGGUGCGCAGUCAGAGCUUCUUAACGAGACUAGUACACAGAAUGGAGCUUGGUCUACUCAAGCUGCAGAAUCACAGAAGGAGAAAAGCUCGCAGAGUCCUUCAGAUGUUAAACAAGAUGGCCAAGCCUGGAAAGUAUGCAAUACCACUGCUGGGCCGGACUAUAUCCCUUGCCUUGACAACUGGAAAGCUAUCAGAAAGCUAUCUAGUACUAAGCAUUAUGAACAUAGGGAGAGGCAUUGCCCUGAUGAAGCACCUACCUGCCUUGUUCCUGUGCCGGAAGGGUAUAAGCAGUCAAUUAAGUGGCCUAAGAGCAGGGAUAAGAUCUGGUAUUACAAUGUCCCCCAUACCAAGCUUGCAGAGGUUAAAGGACAUCAAAAUUGGGUCAAAGUUAGUGGUGAAUAUCUUACCUUCCCAGGUGGAGGAACUCAGUUUAAGCAUGGUGCUCUUCAUUACAUCGAUUUCAUUCAAGAAUCUCUUCCUGAUAUUGCUUGGGGAAAAAGGACCCGCGUGAUAUUGGAUGUUGGAUGUGGUGUGGCAAGCUUUGGUGGUUAUUUAUUUGAGCGAGAUGUUCUUGCUAUGUCUUUUGCUCCCAAAGAUGAGCAUGAGGCACAAGUUCAAUUUGCUCUAGAGAGGGGAAUUCCUGCCACAUUAGCAGUUAUGGGUACCAAGAGGCUACCUUUCCCGGGAUAUGUUUUCGAUGUCGUGCACUGUGCACGUUGCAGGGUUCCUUGGCAUAUUGAAGGCGGUAAACUUCUUUUGGAACUCAACAGGGUGCUGCGACCUGGUGGCUACUUUGUGUGGUCUGCAACUCCAGUUUACCAAAAGCUGGAAGAAGAUGUUGGGAUUUGGGAAGAAAUGACUAAGUUGACAAAGGCCAUGUGCUGGGAACUGGUGGUUAUCAAGAAGGAUACACUGAACGGUGUUGGUGCUGCAAUAUACAGAAAGCCGAUGUCUAAUGAGUGCUAUAACCAGCGAACCAAGAAUGAGCCACCAUUGUGCAAAGAAUCCGAUGAUCCAAAUGCAGCUUGGAACGUGCCCCUCGAGGCAUGCAUGCACAAAGUCCCCGAAGAUGAAUCUCUACGAGGAUCUAACUGGCCAGAGCAAUGGCCAAAGAGAUUGGAGAAUCCACCAUACUGGUUGAAAUCCCAGGUCGGAGUUUAUGGCAAACCAGGUCAGGAAGAUUUUGCUGCUGACUAUAAGCACUGGAAGAAUGUCGUCUCGCAAUCAUACCUCAACGGAAUGGGCAUCAACUGGUCUUCUGUAAGAAAUGUCAUGGACAUGAGAGCGGUUUAUGGAGGGUUUGCGGCUGCACUGAAGGACUUGCAAGUGUGGGUUAUGAAUGUGGUUCCCAUCGAUUCUCCAGAUACGCUUCCCAUUAUAUACGAGCGUGGUUUGUUCGGAAUGUACCAUGAUUGGUGCCAGUCGUUCAACACCUACCCCAGAACUUUUGAUGUUCUGCACGCAGAUCAUCUCCUAUCGGUUGUCAAGAAGAGGUGUAGCCUGGUGGGACUGGUGGCAGAAGUUGACAGGAUCUUGAGGCCAGGAGGCAAGCUUAUCGUAAGGGACAAUGUCGAGACCAUAACCGAGGUCGAGAGCUUGGCAAAAUCGAUGAACUGGGACAUCCGAAUGAUUUACUCGAAGGAGGGUGAGGGGUUGCUGUGUGUUCAGAAGACAAUGUGGCGUCCUAAGGAGGCUGAGUUGAUAACCUCGGCCAUCAUGUAGGCAUGAAGAUUAGAUUCAGAGCAGAGCAGAUCAGAUCAGAGCUAUUCAUCUGCACGCAGAGGAAUCAUCUGUGGAUGCCAGAAUGUAGCUUGGCAUUAUUUUGAGGUUGGAAGUAGGAUAUGGUUUUGAUAUCUGCAGCAAGGCGUAUGGGAAGAUGUUUUUUCUUAUCACUGUUAUUAUCAUCAUUUGUUAUUUUUUACUGUUAUUACUUACUGUGACGAUUUAUAGCUAUUACACGUUGAGGGAAUUGUAAAAUUUAAUUUGUAAUCUUCAAUUCUUCUUGUUGGCUUAACCGUAUGAUCUCCUAUGUUUUUCAGUGAGUCGAUGUAUGUUUACAUUUAUAGUGGGGAUAAGCUGUUUUGCAGUCAAACGAUAAAUGAAAUAUUUGUUUUUAAAACACUUUUACUUCAGUUAAGAUGUUUAAUAACUUACUUAAUACCUAAUAGUAAGGGAAAAAAAAUAUCUUACGAGUUCAUAGAAUUAUAGCUCAAUAUCUAACAACUUUCUUGAACUAUUGAAAAGAUCUAUAAAAAAGA